GAAGCAGCUCUGAGUCCACCAUUCGAAGACUGAGACACUGAGACAGCGCGCUUGCAGGGGCUCUGCCAUCCACUUCUUAGGAGGCUACGUUUUUACGCCGGCUCCAACAUGUCCAAGCAUCACCCAGACCUGAUCCUCUGCAGGAAAUUACCUGGAAUAGCAAUCGGGCGCUUGUGUGAAAAGUGUGAUGGAAAAUGUCCAAUCUGUGACUCUUACGUUCGGCCUGCCACUUUGGUUCGGAUCUGCGAAGAGUGCAAUUUUGGCACGUACGGUGGAAGAUGCAUUGUGUGCGGCGGACCAGGAAUCUCAGACGCUUAUUAUUGCGCCGAAUGUACGCGCUUGGAAAAGGAUAGGGAUGGAUGUCCAAAAGUCGUCAACCUGGGAGCUAGCAGGACAGACUUGUUCUACCUGAGGAAAAAGAAUCAGGGACAAAAUUUCCAAAGAGGGUAGCGCGACCUUAUUCAUUGCUCUCGUCGAAGCCUCAUCUUGGAGGCAAGCACGGAUCCGCGCUCGAAUCUCCGCGCGAUUUGGUCAUGCAUUGCACAUCAUUCGGCCUCCAUCCAAGCAUGGCGCACAUUGAAGGGACAGGUGACGCAAGUUUAGCAUAACACCGCCAAAUCAUGGGCUGACAAGUCUGGGGGCACGGUGCUCAUG